AUGGCGUCCAAGUUCUGCAUCGCCCGUUUGAAUGAGUUAGUGCAACUCGUUCGCUUUUACGAAGUAUUCAUAACGUCUAUCUGCGUUCUAAACUUGGUGUUUUCCCUGGUGGCAACAAUCGGAAAUAUUCUGGUUAUUCGCGCUUUGAGAAAAGCCUCAUCGAUACCGCCCAAUGUUAAAACCUUGUUCCUGAGUCUGGCUUCUUCGGAUCUUGCUGUUGGGGUACUCUCACAACCAAUGUACGGCGCUAUAAUGGCUGUAAUGUUGAAGAUGGCCUCGUCGGGUGAAAACAAUUUCGCAUUGUUCUGUCCGAUAUUAUUAAACGCAUGCUACUACAUUAUCAAUUUUCUUUCCUGUACAUCCUUUCUUAAUGUCAUCGCUAUCGCAUUUGAUAGACUUCUGGCCAUUUGGCUUCAUCUGCGCUACGCGGAGCUUGCCACGGCGAAACGUGUUUUGGGCUCUGUGGUGCUUCUUUGGCUGACAAGUAGCAUGGCUGCCUUGAUUUUCAUAGUUCUUCCAGGAGGCAAUUUUAUGGUAGCUGCGAUCAUUGACUUCGUCGGACUUUUCUUAACAAGCAUGGUAUACAUCCGAGUGUUCAAAGUUGCAAGAUCUCAUGAAAAUCAAAUUCAUCAGCAACUCUCACAAGCGCAAAAUGCCGAAGCACUGGAGUUGAUGCGAGAAAAGAAAUCGGCUUAUAACGCAUUGUACGUCUACUUUGUUUUCUUGGCUUGUUAUUUUCCACUAGUUCCCUCAAUAAUACUAAUGCAAACUGAUGAAUCGAAAAUUUUCUUUGUGAUAACUUAUCAUGCCUCCAUGACUCUAGUAUUCUUAAAUUCUUCGUUGAAUCCCAUUGUUUAUUGCUGGCGUUAUCGCGAGGUUCGUGAAAUUGUAAAAAGUACACUGAAAAGAAUCAUUCACAUAAACCCAAACUAG